AAGGUAUCGUUCAACAAGAAGAACUCUCAAUGUAGAACAUCCGGAAAAAAGUGAAGAAGGCCACCACACGCUCACUUUUAACAAGGUUGGUAAGGGACUACCUUCCUACAUAUGGACCCGUGAAUCGAAUCCUUUGUGAUAGAGGAACUCAGUUCACUGCUAAGCUUUGGCAGGAUGGCUUGAAAGGUGAGAACAUAAAGAUUGUUUUCACUUCGGUUCGGCAUCCACAGGCAAAUCCUUCAGAGCGUGUGAUGAAGGAACUGAGCAGAUUAUUUCGCACCUAUUGCUCCCAACAACAUUCCAGGUGGGCGUAUGAAGUCCCUAAGAUUCAGGAAAUAUUGAAUGAAGUUGUUCAUGAGUCUACCGGAUUCUCCCCACGUGAGUUGCAGUUUGGUACACCUAGGUUAAGGUUGUUACCUGACAAUCUGAUAAUUAAAAAUAGAGUAGAACCAAGCUUGGAUGUGAAGCUGAGACUGGCAUCAAUUUGUCUUUCCAAAAGAGCCUCCAAGAGAGCUACUCGUAAUCCAGGUAAAAAGCUCCAUAUUUUUGAUAUAGGGGAUCUUGUUCUCUUAAGAGCGAAUAAUUCAUCCUCAGCCAUUAAAUCGGAGAUAAAGAAAUUUCUCUUACUGUUCGAAGGGCCUUUUAGAAUUAAAAAGAAGAUUCAUGAUCACACCUACUUGCUUUCACUACCUAAUAGUGAUGAAGAACGUGGUAUUUUUCACUCGUCGCAUUUAAAAUUGUACUCAUUUCCAACUUAUGCUGCUGAAGACUGCUAGACUGCUCUAUGGUCUCCUUUGCAUUAAGU